AUGGGAUUGUCGAAUUUUCGUAGCCCGGCUGAAGGGGUGCUGCCACUGCUAGUGAUGAACAUGGCGAUGUCGGUGGCUCUGGUGAAGAACAAGCUCAGAUCAUUGCUCCAAGUGGUGGGUGAUGUCGAGGACGACGGAUCGAGGACGGUGUCGAUAACGCGCUAUGGUGGCGGUCCGGCGGCGGAGUGCUGUGUGUGUUUGUGUAGAUUUGAGGCGGAUGAGGAAGUGAGUGAGCUUUCUUGCAAGCAUUUCUUCCACAAAGCUUGUCUCGACAAGUGGUUCGACAACCACCAUAUUACUUGCCCGCUUUGCCGUUCCAUUUUGUAA